GGGCCAGUGCGCGGUGACGUCAGAAAGGUCGUGGGUGAGAGGUGAUCGGGACACAUCUUGUUGUCUUUGUAAGAGUGGAGCUCGAUCACGCAGCCGUGUCUUCCCUCUUCCCCGAAUCCUCUCAAAACUCCCUCCCGAACCUCCCCCUCUUACCCUCCGGACCCUCGAACCCUCUCCCCUUCCCGGAGCGCGCGUCAGGUUGAUCGCCCGUGAGCACAGAUCCAGGGCUCGUCUCGUUGAUCAUCAUGGACUCUGGUGUGAUUGAAGGAGGGCUGAACGUCACGCUCACCAUCAGACUGCUCAUGCAUGGUAAAGAAGUGGGCAGCAUCAUCGGAAAGAAAGGUGAAUCGGUGAAGAAGAUGCGAGAGGAGAGCGGCGCUCGGAUCAACAUCUCUGAAGGGAACUGCCCCGAGCGCAUCAUCACCCUCGCAGGCCCCACCACGGCCAUCUUCAGAGCCUUCUCCAUGAUCAUCGAGAAACUGGAGGAGGACAUCAGCAGCUCCAUGUCCAACAGCACGGCCACCUCCAAGCCCCCGGUCACGCUGAGGAUCGUGGUGCCGGCCAGCCAGUGCGGAUCGCUCAUCGGCAAGGGCGGCUGCAAGAUCAAGGAGAUCAGGGAGUCGACAGGAGCUCAGGUCCAGGUGGCUGGAGACAUGCUGCCUAACUCUACUGAGAGAGCCAUCACGAUCGCCGGGACCCCGCUGUCCAUCAUCGAGUGUGUCAAACAGAUCUGUGUGGUCAUGCUGGAGUCGCCUCCCAAAGGUGUGACCAUCCCUUACCGACCCAAACCCUCAGGAUCGCCUGUCAUUUUCGCAGGAGGACAGGUGUGUGUGUGUGUGUGUGUGUUAAUGCCACCUGCAGCUCUAGUACGUGUGUGUGUGUGUGUGUGUUUGAUCUCAUCUCAGACGUGUGUUUUGCAGGCAUACGCGGUGCAGGGACAACAUGCCAUUCCUCAGCCUGAUCUCACUAAACUCCACCAGUUGGCGAUGCAGCAGAGUCCGUUUCCUCUGGCCCCCAGCAGCCAAGGCUUCACUGGUAAAUCCCUCUCUCAGACACGGUUGCUCUGCGUCUGCUCCUUUCAUUGGCUGAUUGUGUUUCUCUGUUCUGCAGCUGGUAUGGACGCUACUGCACAGACAGGCUCUCAUGAACUGACCAUUCCUAACGACUUGAUUGGCUGCAUCAUCGGCCGUCAAGGUGCCAAGAUCAAUGAGAUUCGUCAGAUGUCAGGGGCACAGAUCAAGAUUGCCAAUCCAGUGGAGGGCUCGAGCGACCGGCAGGUCACCAUCACCGGCUCACCUGCCAGCAUCAGUCUGGCCGAGUACCUGAUCAACGCACGGCUCUCAUCCGAGGCGACAGGAAUGGCUGCAAACUGAUGCUGUCCGCCCCUUUCUCCUCCAUCACAUUACGCUCUCGAAGUGCAAAAGAAAACCAAGUAUUUUCAACCCCUCUUUUCCUUUCACCCACCCCAAGCUAUGCUUCAUGGAUAUACACAAGUAUUUUAUUUAUUUAUUUCAUGAAAAUGUUUUUAAAAUCCCUUUGCGUACAGUUUUUAAUGUCUAUUUUCUUUGCCUAUUUUGUCAGUUAACAUAACCGUAUGGAAGUGACAGUGGAGAAAGUGGAAAAAUCUGAAAACACGUACAUGUUUUUGUUAUCUCAGAUUUUUCUUAUAAAAACAGAAAAAAAUAAAAAAGAGCAACUACAAAUGAUAGGUUGACCGCUUUCCCUGUAUCAAAGAUUUAUUUAUUUUAAUUUAACUCUAGGAAGUUACAGAUUUUAAAAUCCUAGAAAUGAGCUUUCGAGAAUAAGCUCUGUUUUCUGCAUCAGAUCGAUGUGAGUCUGAGCUGUUUCAGGUCACUUGUGUUUUUUUGGUUUUUUUAAUGGGGGGACGUUUGAAUGUGUCAUUCCUCAAUUUUUGUCUUUUUUUCUUUAUCCUGAAGUUGGGAGAUUUUGUUAGAGGGAGGGAUGGGAGAUGCUGCAGUUUCUGCAUUAAUGACAUUUCUGCUAUAAUGAUGAGUUGAAAAUAUUUCUUUGAGAGAGAAUAUUUUUGUUUAACCCUGUGGUGUAGAGCCCAGACUGGAGGAUUCCCAAUCGACAUUUAUACGAUGAUGCGACUGAGUUACUGAUCAAUUACAUGACUAGAAGGAACUUUCUAGAAUUAACACUAGUUUCCUCUCUGCUCUGCUUGAGUAAUAGUUAUGUUCUCUAUUUUUAUUUUAUUUGUAUUUCUUUUUGUUUUGUUUUCUUGCGGGAGGAAGGAAAACCUAAAACUUUUUUUGUGCACGUUUUCAGAAUAUUGUAGAUUUGGAGUGCAGCUGGAAUGAAGAAUUAAACAUGCAAAAUUAAAACAUGAAAUGCUAAAACUA